AUGGCCGGCUCCCACGACGUCCGAUCAAUUAUCGCUGGCAUAACGAGCGACUCCGAAUCUUCGCGCAAGCUGUCCGCCUAUCAUCUACAAUCACUUGUCAGCGAUGCUUCGUUUGCGCGUACCUUUGUGCAGGCUCAAGGCGUCCCUGCCUUAAAGCAGGUCAUCCUUGAAGACAAUGGAAACGCUCUUGCCUAUGCGCUGGGUAGCUUGACCCGUCUGCUGGAGAUGGAACUGGGUUGGGACCGGUUGAGCUCAGAUGUGAUAGAACGUGCUGUCCAGGUCGUCGUCACUCGCCCUGUUAUCAAUGUCCUCCGCAACGCGUUGCAUCUUCUGGUUCUCGUGGUAUCACGACCUUUCAAUCCCUACAAGCUGCAGCAACCUUCCGAAGACGAAUUUGGGUUCAAGGCUCUGGUUCCGCUUUUGCAGAUUCAUUCCAACUUUCUCGACUGCCUAGUGGACAAGUUGGCAUCUGCUGAUCAUGCAUUGUGUGCAAAUGCUCUGCAUUUGAUAAAUGCGCUGCUGCGAGACUCUGUCGCCAAUGGGGGAGAAACUGAAUGGCCCAAGUUCAUCAACAGACUCCAGGAAAUGGGUGUUAUUAGUGGUGUCGAGAAUUUGAUGCAUGGCGACACGCUUCACGAGAUCGCAGCUCCUGUGCUUGAAUUUCAAAGUCUGAUGAAGAUCCUUCUUGCUCGCUGGAGGCACAUAUUGGUCGAUUUAGAAAAGAUGGAGCAUCGGCAAGCUCUGAAAGAGCUUCAGAUCUCUAGUUUCCCCUCAAAUGUAAAGCCAGUAACUGACAUGCUAGAUCUCAACUCCGAUAAGUGGCAGCGUCUAGGGUUCUCAUCUGAUAGCCCGGCGGCGGACCUUGAAGAAUCCAGAUUUUUGGGCAUGAUGAACUUUACCGAAUAUGUACGCAGGAAUCGGGACGCCUUCCAGAGGGAACUACUAGAGCAGAGUGUUCUACCCAUACAGCAACGCUGUCCUAUAGCAAAAGCAAGCUUGAGCGUUACCAUGGUCCUCUACGAGCACUUCGAGAUUGCCAACAUGGACGGACGGGAUCCCACGCAAAGCACCGCUACUUCGGAGAACAUCAAAGACGCCGAAAGGCUUGUAAAGCCUCUUUUGUUGCGCUGGGAAGAUGUGCACGCCGCCUCGCUCAAAGCCUUUAUCCGGCUUUGGAAAGAAGCAGGCGCGACAACUGAUGACUAUCGCAAAAUUGACGACCUUUCGAGACUUCUGAUCAGGACAAUACUUGGUCAGGCGGACAGACGAACCACUAUGAAUCAAGUCGAGGAACAACUCAGCAGCACCAAUCUAGCGAAGGUCAGAGAGUGGCAACUGCAGGAUGUCUCACAGAUUUACGAGUAUGCUUGGGGUCAAGAUUUGAGAAAUCUUCGUGAGCAGACACAUACGGAUGCUCUCCUGUUCAUGCGCGAGCAGCGUAUCAAGUGUCUUCUCAAAGGUGCCUGGUUCCCCUCACAAAAGUUGCGUGUAACUGCAUGGCGUUUCGUUCGUCUGUCCAACGACCGAAAAUAUCUCCAUUACGCAUCUCAUAAUACCAAACUGGACAAGACGCCACAGCUGCAUGAACUCAACGAGAAGCUUGAUCUGGAAACUAUCAGUUCUGUCGACUCUAGUGUGGCAAGGUCAGAUGUUCUGAUCGGCGACGACGAGCCCAGAUCUACCAAUGAAAAUUCCAUCUCUCCUACAGGAACGAUCACACGAUUGACCAUUUUCGGCAAUACAAAUAUUUUUGCAACAACACAACCGAUAGGAGAGUCGGUGUUACUCGAACUAAACACUGGUAGUACAUCACUUGCUUCCGAAUGGCUAGAUGGUCUUCUCAUGCUGCUGAACCAACAACCAAUCACGGCAGACACCAACAAGCUGGUUGAUCUGCUCGAGCAGUGGAGCCUGACAAUUCGCAUGUUGAAUUUGCGCUGGGAAGACGUGGAUUGGGAGCGAGCUCAAGACAACAAGCGACUGCCUGUGCCAAGCAGGGUUGGGCUGGACGACGAUUUCUGGUAUGAAAUGUAA